UCCCCGUCCUUAAAAUGAAAUGAAUCUCUAAUUAGUAGGCAGGACUCCACCUCCAGGUUUCGUUUCUGGUAACUCAGCUGACGCUCCAGAGGCUUGUACUACUUUGCUUGCUGCCACUGCUCCAUCACAAGUUUCUAGGACACAGCCCACACUGGCAGUUUGUUGCAAGUUCGAGGAGUCAACCUACUCGCAUGUUCAUUUACAAUGAAAAUGUAUGGCAUAGACAGGGACCGACAUUUCAUACAUCUUCAUUGUCUGUGGAUUGUCGGCUAUGUUGCCUCCUCCCCCCUGCAUUCCAUUCCUGUUUCCGUCUCUUGCAAUGUGGGAAGCCAAGCCAUCCUUCCCUGCAAGUGGAAGUCCCAGCUAGACAAAAUCCCAGUUUGCCAUGUCCAGUGGCAGACACCUGAUGAGACAGUGUUUGAACAGAUGGGGGCGCAACGGUGGCAGGCAACCGAGUUUGAGGGGCGGGUGGAGGUACCUGAGGAAAAGCUGUGGGGGGGAGACUGCUCUCUGAUUUUGCAUGACGUGCAGUUUGGGGAUGUGGGGCUUUACGAGAGCUUCAUGGUGGUUGACAGGGCACGUAAUAAGAGACGGGUGUUCAUCCAGAGUGUCCAGCUCUCAGUCCAUGACCACACGUCCGAGGAGUCCUUGAGGGUGGGUGAAACCCUGGACCUGAAGCUCCACACUCCCCAGGCCAAGAAAGUGGUCUUCCGGGGGAGGAACAGCACAGAGAUGACGGUCCUGUGGAUGAGGGGUGAAGAGGAGGUCAACAGUGGUCGUCUUAAGGAGGUCGAAGGGUUUGUGGUCCUCAAAGGGUUGAAGAUAGACGACUGUGGGACAUAUACCGUGUUGGAUACCCACGGGCUGCCGGUUAGCACGGUUCAUCUUACAGUGGAAGCAUAUCAGGUUGAUGAAACUCAAAAAUUCCAUGAGAUCCAGGGCAAACAAGCACCUAUCGGUAAAUCAACAUAUAACAGGUCCUCCUCUCUGCUUGUGUUAUUUGUCCUGCUGUUCAGUCCCCUGAUUCAACAUCUCCUCUAACAACGAUCUGUCAUGUAAGCAAGGUUUAAACCUAUUUGGCUGGUUUCCCAGACCGUCUGAAAUAUUGACAGUGAAAUUGGAAAAUUCAAGAAAAGAUAAAUGAAUAUAAAUGCUGGUUGUUGUCUGGCCAAUGUUCCCAGGGAAUCUAAUAUCUAAUAAAAUUAUAAAAAAUAAAGGUUGAGCCAGUUUCCAGGAUCAGAUGAACCCUAUUCCCAAUGGACUAAAUAGUGAGCUCAAAAUAGAAUAUCCAUUGAAAACUGCUUUCUAGGCCAGGACUAGAAUUAAUCUGUGUCAAGAAAAUAAAAUCCCAUUCAGUAUGAUUCCACUUUCUCUGCUACUGUCAGUAGUGUAGGUCUAUAGCUUACUGGCCAUAUAUUAUACAGAGUUUGGGUCAUUCCAAUUCUGUAACAAAGUUAACAAGUUAAGUAGACUUAGUUUUGUUUGUUCAAUUUACAUCAUUAAUUGCAGACCUGCCAACCCUGUCCAGCUUUUUAGAGUACCAGACGCGAACGGCAAUUUGGAGAUUCAAGGGUAAGUCGCUCUGGAUAAGAGCGUCUGCUAAAUGACUUAAAUGUAAAUGUAAAUGUUUUCAUUCCCCCUCCACGCUCGUGCGCGCACCGUUUGUGUGUCUGAUCGCAAUUAUAGAAUUGUACCAAAUCAAGUCUUUAUUAGGCUGGAAUACUUUCUUGACAGCAUUCCAUUUACACAUAUGGUAAAAGUCACUAACAAUAUCUAAUUAGAAAGAACGCACAAAGGGCCUUUAUUCUUGGAGUUUUUUGUUUGUUUUACAUUCUAUAAAACAAAAGUUGUUUAUUUAGGGAGAAAAUGUACAAACGUCUUAUCCACGAUUAAACUCGAAUGAUAAGAACAAAUGUUUGAAUCAGAGCAUCAGUCUCAAACAUGUUAACCAUAAUAAAAACGACAAAACUAUGAUAGGAAACAGUGGAUGAGAACAAAUCUUCUGGAGAUUAAAAUAAUUUCCUAGACAGAUUUGCCUGGUAGCUAGCAGAUUUAGCCUUACGCAUCAGGGUAGACUUCUCGCGGCAAACAGUUCCUCUGGCAGUCACUGAAACCUUCUUGGCAACGAGGGCACUCGGAAUAUCUGUACCGAGAGAGUUUUUUUGUGACGUGGAUCAUAAUUACAGUUAGUCUAUCAGAUUGCGUGAUCCUCGUAAUGUUACGUGGAAAAUAGAACUAAUGGGACGCAGAAUUAAAUGUAUAUCACACUCGCACAAAUGUGGCCGGUUGUUUUUCGUAUUUGCAUUUAAUUUCUUUCACUAGCAAAUGCGAGUGAACUGCUGGCACUUUAGA